UCUCUCUCUCUCUCUCUCUCUCUCUAACUUUUCUCUCUUGAUUUCAUCAGAGCACAGAAACGGAAAGUACUGCAUAUUUCUCAGGGCUUUGAACUGGCUCCAUACACAAUGUACGCAAGCAACUCAACCUUCGAACCCUCCCUUUCCGUGUCCAACCCCUUUCAUCUCGACAGGCGGACACCCUCCCCGACACCGCACCACUUCAACACUAAUAACAACGAGCCAACCAUGUUCGACCCCUACUCUCUUGAUGACGAACUCGCCCUGAUGAAUCAUCACUCGACUUCACCCACGCACCCACUGGCCAGCUCCACUUCAUGGCUCGAUGAGCAAGCUGGGUCGAGCCGUGCUCGAACCAUAAGAGACAUAGCCGAGCGCUAUGGCAUCUCUCUUGGCCGCACGACCGAGCCCACCAGACAAGUGGGCUCGACGGAUCAUCUCAGGUCUGAUUACGCGAGGCUUAGGGCUGAAAACGCAAGGCUCAAAGCAGCUAAUGCUGACCUAGCCAGGAGGCUAAGCCUAUUGGCUCUGGGCUCGAGGACUGAGUCAGAGCACCUCUCUUGUGGUCUCUCGGCGUUGUCUAUGGUAGGUGACUUCAGACGUUUGGGAGUGGGUGACGGUGGUGGAACGCGCGUUGGUUCUGUGCCCGUGGCAACCGACGAGGCUGAUGAGACGAGUCCCACGAGUGUGCUGAGCUUUGAGGGCAACGGAAAUGGCGGGAUUGAGAAGAGAGGGGUGCCGAAGAGUAUAUCAAUUAGGUCCAGUGGGUAUUUGAAGGUGAAUCAGGUCAAUGGAGGAGUGAGGAGCCCCAAUAAGCCCAAUCGAUUCAGGGUCGCCACCCCUGUUGCUGAAACCAGGGUAUGCGUUAAGGAGAAGGGAGCAACAGGCGAGGAGGAAGGGGUUGAGGUCGAAGUGGAGGUGUACAACCAGGGCAUGUUUAAGACGGAGCUUUGCAACAAGUGGCAGGAGACCGGUGCCUGCCCCUAUGGAGACCGCUGCCAAUUCGCUCACGGCAUUGAAGAGCUCCGCCCCGUGAUACGCCAUCCUCGCUACAAGACUGAGAUCUGCCGCAUGAUUCUCACCGGCGACAAGUGCCCCUACGGCCACCGCUGCCAUUUCCGACACGCCCUCUCCCCCAAUGAAACUUUUGGCGCACGCCCCUCCUCCUAAUCAAACCAUAAAGCCUACAAAGAUGUUUACUCUCUCUCUCUCUCACAAAAAUUAAACUUGAUUACUCUCUCUCUUCCUGUUUAUACUACUUUUGUCUAAUAUGUAUGCUGGGGCGAAGUGCGCUUGCUGGCAUGUGGGAGGGGGACGAGUUUGUGUAUAUAUAAUAUUGUUGGGGUUGGCAAUAAUUCAUCGUGGAGGCGGGGGUAAAGUAGGGUUUUCUUAUUUUUUUUAUAUCCUCGUUCUUUUUUUUUUUCCAUUUUUUCAGGGAUUGGUGAUUAGUUAGGUAGGGAACAUUUAAGGGAAGAGAAAAAGCAGGGGUUGCGGUACCUUUGUGUCUUUCUCUCAUUAUUAGUGUCCCCCCCCGGCCGGUUGAGCUGCGAAAUGAGUAUUGAUGAUGAUAAUAUGCUACAAGUAGUAUGUGUAAGUAGUACAUGCAGUAAUCAAUAUUCGAUUAACGCAA